AUGAGCCAUUCUUGUUCAGGAUUCGGAGCAGCCACUAUGUUCCAGAGAGAUUACCAAAAGCAGAGUGAUGAAAUGUUACGUGUGGCCUUUGAUGGUGAUGGAGUCCUGUUUUCAGAUGAGUCAGAGAGAGUCUACAAAGAGAAAGGUCUAGAGGGUUUCUUCCAAAAUGAGUGUACCAAAGAGGGGACAUCUUUGCCAAUGGGUCCUCUGGCAAAGUUUUGUGAAGCAUUGGCACAUCUCAAUAAGAAAUUCCGGAAAGCCCCAAGCCCAAGUCCAAUUCGUACCUACUUGGUAACAUCACGUAGCACAGGCAGCCCUGGAAUCAGAGCUCUGAAGACUCUUCAGGAGAACAAUCUGGAGAUAGAUGAGGCAUUCUUUCUGAGUGGUGCCCAUAAAGGGCCUGUACUACAAGCACUCAAACCUCACAUAUUCUUUGAUGACCAGAUGCAACAUGUUAACGGAGCCCUUGAAAAAGGGGUUAUUAGUGCUCAUGUUCCUUAUGGUGUACGGAAUGAGUGAGAAUCAAACCUAGUCUUAUUUGUAAAUGCGUGACAAAACCAUACAUCAUUCUUGUCAUGACUUCAUUCUGAUCAGUUUGUUUUUGGUCUCUGUCUAACAGUUUGCCAUGUGCUUGUGUUUUCCCUCCCCACUGUCAUCUGAUUAACCACUUCAGCUGCCUUCUCACCUGUGGCUCCAAGCAUAGCUGGUAUUUUUUAGUUUUACUCCUUUUGCUCACUCUGCCUCUUGUUUCCUCCAGACCUCUGUUCCCCUGUCCUGGCUCCUCCAGUGCUGUGUUUUGUAGUUCCUCCUCACCUGCUCCUUUUGGAGUACUCUACAAAGAUCUUUUGCUGGGAUGUUGGGACUGAUGCAGAGACUAUAAGAGCAGAUUCCUCUACUCCAAACGCUCCUUGCCUAGCGGAGUGACUGGACACAUGUUUAUUGACCGCUUACUUGGUUAUUUUAUCUGUCUGGAAUUAUGUCUUCUGGCCCUCUGCCCCAGUCAAGUUUUUGUUAAGAGACAGGAAAUAGAUUUGAGUUCACACCUGCAACUUAAUCCUUGUUCAUUCCUGACAAUUCUUUCUUCUGCAACAUGAUUUAUAAUGCCAGGAAAGUUAAAUUUGGCACUUUCCACUGAUGUUUUUAAGGCUUAAAUUGUAAGUGAAAUUAAGGCAAAUGCUGAUUUUAAAUAAUUAUAUUUUAAUCAAUAAAUCUUUACCUAAAUGUCUUUUUUCUCCUGCAUUCUUACUACAGUGCACGCAUACAAACUGAUAUUUUGAACAUAUGAACAUUUUACCAAUUCCAAACCACAUUGAUCUUUUCAAAGACCAGAAUCACAUCCUCUUGCACCACUCUUUCAGUUUAUCUGGCAGUAAAUUUUUUGAGUGUUU